AUGCCGGUGACUGGAUUUGACCCAGAAUUAUCAGCACAGCUUCACAACCGGAUUUUCGAACGUGCGUGGAUUGGGGCCGGACGAGACGACGCUUCGCUUCCGUCCAAGAGCUGGUGGGAAGAGUCGUCCCCAAUUCCCUUCGAUCUCGCAUCUCGCCUGAAUCCGAACUUGAUUCAGUUCCUGCGGUCGGCAAGAGCUAUUAUAUUCGAUCCUUCUUCGGAGUUCCAUCUUUUCUAUUAUCUAUUCGCGCUCCAUGGGAAACACGACCUUCUGCGAGAAUCUCUUCUCCGACAGUGGGGUGAUCGCUUAGUAUGGUUAUAUCCAUCGACUCGAACGAAGAGCGAUGAAGAAGUCGGUAUUGUCUUUGAUCAGGAAACCGAGCUAGCUUCCUUCGUCCCAGACUGGGAAGAUUUAGUCUGGUUUGAUCUAGAACGGUGGCCGUGGCGGCCGUUACAGCAUAUCCUGCAAGCCUAUCUAGACAUUAUCGAUCAGGGCAAAAUCACGACAUAUUCUGACCGUGGAAAGAAAAACUCUACCCAUGGUAGGUUUUUAGUGUUCCCCUGGGAGAUCCACCAAUAUACUCUAAAGGAUGUUGAGGGGGCUGUCACUGCAUUUACUCGUCUUCUUGAUGCUAUCGAGGCCCCGACUUCCUUCUAG